UUCGCGCGCUUUUUGUAUCGCACCGCCAUAAACUUCCUCGCGGUUUCAAGUGCCCGUUAGAAUUUGUAUAUAAUCGACCCACUGAUUGCAGACCGUCGCUUACGACAGCUCGAGAUAACUGUCUACGGCGGAAGGUGAAGGCCUCGGAAGAGUCGCCCAAAGCGCGCCAUUCUAAACAGUGUGCCGGCAGUCAGCGUCCGAUACGAUGUGUCCAAGCAGUAGUGCGAAGAACGUGGUGUCGUGCUUCGCCAUCGUCGCCAUGUGCCGCAACCGCGGGAUCGGUGUCAACAACAGCCUACCGUGGCGUCUCAAAAAAGAACUGGCCUACUUCUCGCGACUCACGAAGGAGGCGGCGGAGGGAAAGCAGAACGCCGUCGUCAUGGGCCGGCUCACGUGGGAAUCACUGCCGCCGAAGUUCCGGCCCCUGAGCGACAGGAUAAACGUUGUGGUGAGCAAGACACUGACCGAGAUUCCAGAGGGACACCACGUGGCGCAAAGCUUUCCAGACGCUGUGCAGAUUUUGCAGAAUCUUGUCGAUGCCGGAAAGGUUGACAAGGUGUUUGUGAUCGGAGGGGCCCGCCUGUAUCGCGAGCUGAUGGACAGUCCUCACUGCAGCCGCAUAUACCUCACCGAAAUCGACAAGGAGUUCGAGUGCGACGUUUUCUUUCCAGAAUUCGACACCAGCAAGUUCCGACUCGUCAAAGAGGAGGGCGUGCCAGAGGAACCGCAGCAGGAAGGCGACAUCACGUACCAUUUCCGAGUGUACGAGCGCGUGAAGAAUUGAAGAGCCUGUGUUGGGCUCCGACGAUGAAAAGUGUUACCGCAUCACCAGGGAUGAUGCUGCGUAUAAUUGCCACGUCUUUUUGUGAGAGUGUCACUUGAAAUUAGGCACCUUAGUAUUAACGGAAUGCAGAAGUUUGCUAACCCGAUCAGGUUGGAGCAUUUUCAAAACAAAAUUUAACGUUGCUUCCAACAGAAUGAUGCAGAGAUCACACAGCCUGUCUUUGUUUCAUAUUCAUAAAUGUUCGAUUCCGCCCGUCAGCUAUUAUGUAUUUCUGGUUUUCGUUCGGCCGUUUCUUGCCCUUUGGAGAAAACGUGAAGGACUUGUCACAUUUGUAUGUGCUUGCACUCUAUCGGUAAAUUAGUUGGGGAGAACAAAUAUUGGAGUUUCGGAUUCGAAUCGAAUAAUUCAAUUUGACUUUUGAAUAUUUGAAGUUUCGAAUAAUUCGACAGGACGAAUGUCUAAAAUGCGGCCAAGGACAAUAGUACGAUGUUGACUGACAUUAACGGUAAUGUCAUUACAUUCAAAACUUUCCUUCCGUACUGAUUUAAAAGCAAGCACAUGUUUAUUUAAAGAAAAUUAUGUCUUCUAUACAUGUAAACAAACACACACGUGAUAAUACUGUUAAGCUCUUCACAACUAAGCUUCCGAAAUGAAUGCACGGACUUCUUGCACUGUAGUUUGCUUACAUGUGGCUCAAGUGUUGUAAAACGUCCCAACUUCGUCCCGAUUCACUUCACAAGUAAAUAUUUCUCCACCCCAUGCUGUCGCCGCUGCCACAUUUCGCAGCAUGGAGCUGUACAUUAAACGAGUACUGCUGAAAUUGCUUUUCUUCCAAUACCUUCCCAUCCCUGUUACUGAGGUUCCCAGUUAGCGCAUGUUUUCAACUACAGAAAACACUAACAUCACAGCAAGAGAGCCCAAAGCCAAGUCACGUGGAAAGGCUCAUGUUUCUUCAUGACGGCUUGUAGUCUUUCAGUAGCAGGCACUCACCAUGUGAUGUGCUUGAGGACCUGAGCAGAUUUCUUUUUUUUAGUCCUUUCGUUCAAUUUUCAAUAAUGUUUUGUAUUAGACAUCGGACUUGACGUGAAAUUUCACUAUUCGCACACCCCUAGAAAUUACUGAUGAAUAUCUGAAAUGUACAGUAUAGUCCGUUGUCAAAGAGAACGUCUAGCGAGUGAUAAGGUGGCAUAACUUGGCACGUCUUCAUCGCUGGAAAGAAGUACCCGAUACUAUAAUGAAGUGUACUGCUUACCCACAGAAAGCUUGUUUGUGAACUUCUGUGCCAUGUUUGUCAUCAUGGCACUAUAAAGUAAAUGUUCCCUUUUAAAAUGGACUGCACAGUACUUGCUAACAUUUGCUGUUCGCUUUGGCUCAUUUAAAGAGGUCGUUUGUUAGUGCCCGUUUCAUUUCACAUAGUAAAACACUCGUUUCUAUUCGUGUAUCUUCAUGUUCAUGUGUGAGAAUAUAUUUUCAAGCAUUGAAGAUUGUCUCAUGUGAUAAAGUCGACUGGGGUAUCAAAACCUCUCAGUUGUGGAUAAAGAAUGGGUCAAGUGAAAAGGUACUCUGAUUCAUCGCGAGGUGAAGUCUUUUGCAUAAAAGUGUUUCAUAAAAAAAAUUUCCACAUGUAGUCUCCAAGGCACAAUCUAAACUGGUCAAAGUUCUAUGUCUGGUGUCCGCCUCUUCUUAAAUAAACAAUGGUUAGUAACUGUGA